GACCGGAUCGGACAUAAGAAUGAGAAUAAGGAUAAUGAGCACAAGCGCAUGACGUGCAAGUUUUGUGAGCGCAUGCUGGAGAACGCGAAGCAGUACGCAGUGACGGCAAAGUCUGACAUCACGGCCUUUGCGAACAACGCCUGCGCGCAGAUGACCAAGGGAAGGCCGCAGGACCAAUGCUACGAGCUGGCCGACAAGAAAAUCGACGAGCUGGCCAAGUUUGUUGACCAUCAAGUUAUUGAGGCUCUUUGGUGUGCCGAGCUGAACCAUUGU